AUGGCGCCCGACCCAGAAGUCACCCCCGCAGCAGCCGACCUACUCAUUGAAGAAGAAGAAGAAGAGUACAACUCCGACUCGGACUCGGACUUCCAACUCGACGACGAUUUCGCCGCCCAGAAAGACGACGAUGCCGGCCUAACCUCGUCGGACGAGGAGGACAACGACGAGGCAGCAGCAGCAGCAGACGGACAACCCAAGGCGAAACGGCGGAAGACCACCACUACCACGCUAGAUUCCGCUGCGACUGCCGAGUUAGACUCCGGCGACGAGGCUACGAUCCGGAAAGACAAAGCGCAGCGGAAGACUGAAGAUGGGGAGGAGGAAGAGGGAGGCACGGGGGGCUUUGUCCGUACGCGGGCUAUGAAGAUGCGCGCUCAAGACGAACGCAAACCCCUCGCCAAGAUCGACGGCGCGACCGUGGACGUGGACGCGCUCUGGGCGAUGAUGAAUGCACCGGAGAACAACGGCGGACUGCACGCGGGCAGCGGCGGGAAGAACGACGGCGGCGCACCAGCGACACAGAGUGGCGACGACGUGGAGAUGCAAGAACCCUCCUCCACCGAAACAGAUCCCCAGACAAAACAGUCGCAGAAACCGUCCGAAUACGCCGAGGAGAUGGUCAAGAUCAAGCGCACCUACAAGUUCGCCGGGGAGAUGAUCACGGAGGAGAAGAUCGUGCCGAAAGACUCGGCCGAGGCGAAGCUGUACCUCGCCAACCAUGGCGAUGCGAAUGUCGAGACGAUCGAUGCCACCACCACCACCGCCACCGAGGACGUGGCGAUCAAGCUACGCAGGCCGCUGCGCCGGGUCUCGCGGUUCGACCCCAACCCGACCGGGGCGAUCAAGAAGAGCUGGGAGAAGCAGCCUGCCGCCGAAAUCACCGGGCAGGACGAGAACGCCCGCGGCCCGAAGAUCAAUACGGUCGAGAAGUCGCGGAUGGACUGGGCUGCGUAUGUGGAUAGUGCGGGUCUCAAGGACGAGCUCAAGGUGCACAGCAAGGCCAAGGAGGGCUUCCAUGGCCGCAUGGAGUUCCUGGACCGCGUGGGUGCGAACAUCGAGGAGGAGAGGCGGAAUGCGCGUCUGAAGGGACUGUGA